UUCUGUUGGAGCCUUCCUACCCCCUCGAUCCUUCCUCCGCUCUCUCCGCUCCGAGGAUGCCCUAGCCCCGUUAUUCCGCCGGAGUUCCACCCGAACAACCCUCGUCGAAUCGUUCCGCCAAGCUCGCCCUUCUUCAACUGCUGCAGCCGCUUAUCUCUGCUCUACUGUCAUGUUUUCAACAAAUGCUUUAUCGCUUAUUGGUGCUUUGUUGAACAAUGAUUCUCAUACAUGUCUAGGCACCCAUCGCUGGACCCACGAUUGACCAUUAACAAUUGUUUAAGUAUGGAUACCUUGGAAUGUAUUUUUCUCCGUCUUAAAGAUUUAUCCAAGUCAGCUAUUUGUUUUGGGAAUUACCUCAUCCCAUCUUUUCUCAUCGAGCUCCUCACCUACUCCUAUAAGGUGUGAAGAAGAUGACUAAUUAGUGGAUCAGCUAAAACGUGGAGCUCCACCUCAUUUACUUAUGGCGACCACCACUCUCUCCCCCUGUUUGACAACCCCAAGGCCCUCUCCCAAAGCUCGCUCCUUUAUUGAACCAAUCGAUGCCUCCGCGCCGACCGCGUCUCUCAAAUUAUGCACAAACCUCAAAGAAGUCGCCCAAAUCCAUGGCAACAUGACCGUAAAUGGCCUCCUCUAUCUCCCCUCAUCCGUCUCAAAGCUCGUCGCCGCGUACUCCAAAAUACCCACUUCGGAGAGCUUACACUACGCCAUUAAGGCCUUUGAGCUUUUGCGGGAGGAAGAAGCAGAGGAAGAGGAAGAAGCCGACCCCUUCUUGUGGAACUCUCUCAUUAGAGGUUACUCCUCUAUUGGUUCUCUUGAUGAAGCUCUUAAGCUCUACAUUGGAAUGGUAAGUGUUGGGGUUGUUCCCGAUCGCUUUAGUUUCCCUCCUCUGCUCACCGUUUGCUCAAAGAUCUUAGCUUUUGAGGAAGGACAGCAAUUACAUGGGGUUUUACUCAAGAUAGGAGAAGAGGGAGGAGUCCAAGGUGACCUUUUUAUCCAGAAUUCUUUGGUCCACUUCUAUGUUGAGUGUGGGGAAAUGAGUUGUGCUCAACGGGUGUUUGAUGGAAUGCUGCAAAGAAAUGUAGUCUCAUGGACUAGUCUAAUUGAUGGUUAUGCUAAGGGGGACUGCUCAGAAAAGGCUAUUUCUUUGUUUCAUGAUAUGGUGAGGGAUGGCCGAAUCGAACCCAAUUCCGUCACCAUGGCUUGCGUGCUUUCGGCUUGUGCACGGUUGCAAGAUCUCAUGCAGGGGGAGAAGAUUUGCUCAUAUAUAUCGAAUUCUGGUGUUGGGUCUAGCUCUUUGGUCAAUCCAAUCAUCGAUAUGUACAUGAGUUGCGGGGCUACAGAGAAAGCAAGACAAAUCUUUGAUGAUUGCAAAUACAGAGAUAUUGUUCUUUGGAACAUAAUGGUUUCAAAUUAUGCACGCAAUGGGAUGGCAAAGGAGGCUCUUUGUGUCGUUAAUGAAAUGCUUCUUUCUAAACAACGGCCAGAUAGGGUUACUGUGCUUGCUGGACUCUCCGCAUCUGCACAAUUAGGUGCUAUUCAGGUAGGAAAACAAUUACAUGCUUAUAUAUUGAGGAAUGGGCUUGACUGUUGGGAUGUUGUGAACAAUUCAGUCAUAGACAUGUACAUGAAAUGCCGCAAUGAGAAAGCUGCAAGGAAGGUAUUUGACAUAAUUCGUAUCAAGAUUCUGGCAACUUGGAACACCAUUAUAAAUGGUUUUGUUAUCAAUGGUGAUUACACCUCCGCUUGGGAGCAUUUUAACAUGAUGCCUGAAAGAGAUCUUAUUUCUUGGAAUACAAUGAUUUGUGCUCUAGUACAGGACAGUCAACUUGAGGAAGCUGUUGAGCUUUUCAGGAAAAUGCAAGAUUCAGAACUAAAACCUGAUACGGCUACAUUGGUUAGCGUAGCUUCAGCAUGUGGGUAUCUCGGUUCUCUUGAUCUCGCCAAGUGGGUGUACACCUAUACACAAAAGAAACGAAUCUCACGCAAUGUUAGACUAGGAACCGCGUUGGUCGACAUGUUUUCUAGAUGUGGUGAUUCACGAAGCGCGAUGCAUGUGUUCGGCAGGAUGCCUAUUAAAGAUGUUGCAGCUUGGACUGCCGCGAUUGGGGCAAUGGCUUUCGAGGGUAAUGGUAAUCAAGCUUUUAAGCUUUUCUCAGAAAUGAUCAAUCACGGUGUGAAACCUGAUGGCUUGGCGUUUGUUGGGGUACUGACAGCGUACAGCCAUGCGGGGUCAGUCGAAGAGGGUUGCACGUUUUUCCAUUCAAUGAGCAACACUUAUGGCUUCACCCCGCAAAUAGUCCAUUACGGUUGCUUGGUUGAUCUCCUUAGUCGUGCUGGUCUAUUAGCGGAAGCACAAGCUCUCAUUGAGAGCAUGCCGAUGGAGCCUAAUGAUGUAAUAUGGAGGGCACUAUUAGCUUCUAGCCGCAUUCACCGUGACAUUGAAAUGGCAGAAUAUGCAACAAAGAAAGUUCUAGAGUCGGCUCCAGAGAAAAGUGGCGCUCGUAUUCUUCUAUCGAACAUGUACGCUUCGGCAGGACGGUGGAAUGAUGUUGCAAAGGUGAGGUUGUCUAUGCGAGAUAAAGGGGUUCGAAAGACUAUCGGCUCUAGUAAGAUUGAUGUAUGCGGAACGAUCCACAAGUUUACUUCGAGUGAUGUGUCCCAUCCUAAAAUGGAUCGGAUAGUUGCGAUGCUCUCUGAGAUGAGUGAAAGAGCUUCCAGUGCUUGCUAUUCGCGCGAUCUGGCUAAUGUCAUGCUCAACGUGGAAGAAGAGGAGAAGGAAGAUCUUCUGAGUCUGCACAGCGAGAGGAUAGCUGUAGCAUUCGGGCUUAUCAGCACAAGUCGCGGGUUACCUAUUCGCAUCGUGAAGAACCUGAGGAUUUGUGUUGAUUGUCACUCGUUCAUGAAGGUUGUAUCUGCGGUCUAUGAACGAGAAAUUACAAUUAGAGAUAACAAUAGAUUCCAUCAUUUCAGAGAGGGAGUGUGUUCUUGCAUGGAUUAUUGGUGAAAAAUCCUCUGUUUGGUUAAUUUACGGUGCAGAACAUUCUUUAAGUUUACUCAUUUCACAUGUAAGGGCAAGGACGGGAUUUAACUCUACGGCGACUGCCUAAUAAUCAUCAACAACUAGAGUUAAUAUGCGAAACUUAAAUGUUAAAUUUUGUUCGUACAGAUUCAAUUAUAACAAUUUGGUCUGUAAAAUUUAGCACUGUUGUGAGACUUAGAUAAAAUUAAGACUUUGAGAACAAGGGUAAAAUUGAUUGGAGAUGGAUUUUAAUAGAGAUCAAACUUGAGGAUUGAAACUGACAUUUGGCACUGAAAUGGAAGUUUGGUCAAGCUUCGGGAACUAAAUUAUGGAAGUCCAUACAUUACCAACCUGGUAGGCCAAGAGUGUUAUUCCGUGACUAUAUUGAGGUGUUUGUAGUAGCAUUGCCUGACAAAAUUCAAGAACAGAAGUUCAAAAGAGAGGUCGCGAAGUUGAGAGAAUGGUUUGCUACAAAUUCUCUUGUGGGGUUCCGGCAAGAUAAGGUAUCAGCUUCUGAUUUUUCAUUUAGUG